CGCACAUGCACACUCAAAGUGUAAAAAAUCUGUAGUCUGACAUUAACUUCUUCUUCCUCAGCUGCCUCUUCUCCUCUCUUCGGAGCCAAAUAAUACACGCCUAAAGGAAUCAAACUAAGGUGUUAGUUAAAGACUCCUGAGCAAAAAGAUUGAUCAAUAACAACAACAACAACAACAACAAUAGCUGAGACAAAAUGACCUUGGCUUCACCUGAAAAAGUUGUUCUUGGCUCACUUGCUUUUGGGCUCUUCUGGAUUCUAGCGGUGUUUCCAGCGGUUCCAUUUCUGCCAAUUGGAAGAACCGCAGGCUCUCUACUCGGGGGCAUGCUGAUGAUCAUCUUCAGAGUCAUAACACCAUCACAAGCAUAUGCAGCCAUUGACCUCUCAGUUCUCGGCCUUCUUUUUGGGACUAUGGUGGUGAGUAUCUAUCUAGAAAGAGCCAAUGCUUUCAAAUACUUAGGCAUACUGUUUUCGUGGAAGAGCCACGGCGCCAAGGACUUGCUAUGCAGAAUCUGCAUUUUCACUGCAGUAACAAGCGCACUCUUCACUAAUGACACUUGUUGUGUUCUUCUAACUGAGUUUAUCUUGAAAGUUGCCAGGGAAAACAACAUACCACCCCACCCUUUGUUGCUGGCAUUAGCCUCAAGUGCUAAUGUUGGAUCCUCUGCCACUCCAAUUGGAAAUCCCCAGAAUUUGAUUAUUGCCAUUCAAAGUGGCAUAUCUUUUGGGGACUUCAUACUGGGAAUUCUCCCUGCAAUGCUUGUUGGGAUUGUUGUUAAUGCUUUGAUUCUUUUAGGCAUGUAUUGGAAGAUAUUGUACAUGAAGAAAGAUGAAGAAACAGCUUUGGAGGAGGUGAAGUGUCCAGAUGAUGCAGCCUCACACCAGUUCUCACCAGUUCACAUGUCACAUAGGCCAUCUUUUGAGAACAAUCCCACUUCGGAGUUCAUUGAUCACAGAAGCUCACCAAACCAAGUGAGCUUAUAUGCAACCUCCGCCGAAGGAAAUAUUCGCAGGUCUCCAUGUGGUGGUGAUGUUGAGUCUGGGAGGAACUUAAGUGGCGGUACUAGAGAGGAGGCUGCAGUUGAUUCUUUUGCAAGAAAGUUGGAGGAAAAGAUUGCUUUGGAGGGAGAACAUGGACUUCAAGAAAUGGCUAACUGUAUCGAAAAUGGAAUCCCAAUUGAGCCUGCUGAAAGAAAAGAAACUUUGAUCAAGAAAUGGAGGAGAAAAUCAUGGAAAGCUUGUCUUUACCUUGUCACUCUUGGAAUGGUUGUUGCAUUGCUUAUGGGGCUAAACAUGUCAUGGACUGUACUUACAGCAGCACUUGUUCUUAUGGUCCUUGAUUUCAAGGAUGCUGGACCAUGCUUAGACAAGGUUUCCUACUCUCUCCUUGUUUUCUUCUGUGGAAUGUUCAUCACAGUGGAUGGCUUUAACAGAACAGGAAUUCCCAGCACUCUAUGGACUAUAAUGGAGCCUCAUGCGCGGAUUGAUCAUGCUGGUGGGAUUGCAGUUCUAUCCAUUGUCAUACUUAUACUCUCAAAUGUUGCUUCAAAUGUACCUACUGUUCUCCUACUUGGAGGAAGAGUGGCAGCAUCAGCAGCAGCAAUAUCUCCAAGUCAAGAGAAAAGGGCAUGGCUCAUAUUGGCUUGGGUUAGCACAGUAGCUGGGAACCUCUCACUGUUGGGUUCAGCUGCAAACUUGAUUGUAUGCGAGCAGGCUCGCCGGGCUAAGCCAAUAGGCUACACUCUCUCCUUCUGGACUCAUCUCAAGUUUGGCUUGCCCUCCACUCUCAUAGUAACAGCUAUUGGCUUACUACUUAUCAGGAGUUAAAAAAAAAUUAAACCAAGAAAGCUUCAAUCAACCCCUUAAGAUUUUAGCCUCCAAUCCUUCUCCUCCUCUCCUAUCUUAAACUGUAGUAUCUUGUAUACAAUGUUUGUAUUUUCCUUGCUUAAUGUCCUCCUAUGUAUGCCUAGUCUCUUGUAAGUUUUGCCACAUGAUGAAAUAAUCCUUUACUCUCUUUGCUUCAAAA